CACUUGUUUCGGAAGUCGUAGAGGGAAAAGCCUGUUAUGAUCGAUCGAGACAUCUGAAUUUCCCUGUCAGCUUACAGAUAAAGCUAGCCUGAUAUCAACAUGUCAACUGCAUCUGUAUAUGGAAAAGGAGCAUGGAUCAUUUACACUUUAAUGUCACUUGUAAUCUUUGUCCUUAUUAUAAUUGGCCUUUGCUACUUGCUAACGGGACAAGGUGAGCGGUUACAGUUUGGCUGGGUGAUAGAGUCGACAUCACCCUACAUGUGGGCAUAUUCUGGAAUCGGUCUCGCUAUCUCACUGUCAGUCGUUGGAGCCGCUUGGGGCAUCUACACAACAGGUGUGAGCAUUCUUGGCGGUGGAGUGAGGGCUCCAAGGAUUAAAACAAAGAACUUGAUUAGCAUUAUCUUCUGCGAAGCAGUCGCCAUCUAUGGCAUCAUUAUGGCAAUCGUCAUUGGUAACAUGGUUGAGCCGUAUGACUUGAAUUUGGUAGGCGAUGACAUCAAAAUGCAAAUUACUGCCCAGAACUACAUGGGAGGGCACUGUAUGUUUGCUGCCGGUCUCACCGUCGGACUCUGCAACCUGUUCUGCGGCCUCUGUGUCGGCGUCGUCGGUUCCGGAGCGGCGCUGGCCGAUGCGCAGAACUCUUCGCUCUUCGUCAAGAUCCUCAUCAUAGAGAUAUUCGGCAGUGCCAUCGGUCUGUUCGGCGUCAUAGUGUCAAUACUGCAGAUAUCGCAUGUGAAGAUGGGCAACAAAGUUGGGUAAACGCACACUGGUUGACGAAUAUACGCCGAAUGAAUGGCUGCGUGCUCUGUUGGUUGAGAACGGAAUCGUAAAGAGUUGUGGUAAGCCACAGGCUUAUGUUUGAUAUGGUAUGAUAUGGUAUGAUUCGGUAUUAUUUUGGAGCUGGCGAAAAUUGCGCCGUUAUGUGUUGCAGUGGUAGGCAGCUUACGAGAAGGAAGGAAUAACAAAUGCUCGAAUAACAAACCACCUAACAUUAUGUACCAUAUUAACCAGAUGUGUCAAUGAAUUGUGGAAUUAAUGUUAAUGUUGUUUUGUUUUUAUUUAACAUGCUAUAUUAAAAGCAAUUCAUUUUCAACUCUGGUUUAGUAAUUGUUGAUAAAUGCUAGUGUGCAUGUGCUCCUGAUCAUUUCCAUUCCAAAUACAUGUGCAUAGUUUAGCAAUUCAUGAAUGAAUUCGGUGAUAACCAAAUCUGAUUCCUAUCUCUGUAGUCCGAUUAUAUUUGUGAUCGAUGUCAGUAAGGCACCAAACUACCUUGUGAAGGCCUUGCGUUGUGAAUAAACAUUGCAUGCUUUGUAAAAGUCAAAAUUAGGAAUACGUUAUGAUAAAUGUCAACUAAGAAGCUUAGAUGGAUCAUAAGCUUUAAUCAUGUCACUGUCUGUAUGAAAUUAUAUGAUGUACAAUGAAUAAAUCUUGGUAAUAAUAUCAGGAGUGAAUAAUA